GCGGGGUAUUGGGCUGCGUAAACGUACCACUUGGGGUUACACGUGUACCUGCAACUAGAUACUUGCAGGCGUACCCUCCGAGGGAAACUAAUGUACAGAUGGCGUGCAUGCGCCCUUCAACGCUUUCCUCAACUUCAAUCGUACAUUCAAUUGACACUCCAUGAUGACUUCAAAUCUGUUUACUCUGCGGUGGGGCAUUCUAGCCACAGGAGGCAUAGCUAAUACAUUCACAAAGGACCUCCUCAUCGACCCCACAACCCGAGAUGCCGGCGAUAUCCGCCACGAAGUCGCAGCAGCCGCAUCCUCAACAUCGGCAGCACGUGCACAGGACUUCCUCAACGAGGUUGGCGCCCCUGGUUCCGCAAAAGCGUACGGUUCCUACCGCGAGCUUGUUGAGGCCAAAGGUGUAGAUAUCAUCUACAUAGCGACACCGCACAGCCACCACUACCAACACGCCCGCCUGGCACUAGAGGCAGGCAAACACGUACUACUAGAGAAGCCCAUCGCCGUCAAUGCCCAGCAAUGCAGGAUUCUCCGCGAUCUGGCCAAGGAGAGAGGGCGGUUCCUGAUGGAGGCUGUGUGGACGCGUUUCUUCCCUUUGUCGCGGGAGGUGGUCGAGUUUGUGCGUAGCGGGCAGUUGGGUCAUGUCAAGAGGGUAUUUGCAGAUUUCAGUUUCUGGAAUGAUGUCGAGAAGGAGUUUGGGAAUCAGCAUCGCAUGGUCAAUUUGGAUUUGGCGGGGGGUGCGCUACUAGAUUUGGGCAUAUACUCUCUAACUUGGCUUUUCAUGGCCUUGUAUCAUGUCCAGCCGAAGGAGACGCAGGUCGCGCCGCACGUGAGCUCGGCGGUGACAAAGUACAAGCCCACAGGCGCGGACGAAACGACUACGGUGUUGUUGUUGUUCCCGGGAACGGGGGCACAAGGUAUAGCUACAACCAGCAUACAGGUCGCAACUACUCCCAACCCCGAUCUUCCUGCCCCUGAUGCGAUCCGUAUACAAGGUACGUUUGGGGACUUGACGGUCAACUAUGCGCCGAGACCAAGGAGUUAUACUUUGACGCCGGCGGCGAGCCAGGCCCGAGGUACACUAGCUUCUUUCAAACACGAAACGAAAAGUUUCGAAAUUCCUGGUGGUGGGCAUGGCAUGUUCUGGGAGGCGGACGAGUGUGCGCGUUGUGUUCGAGACGGGCGGCUUGAAAGCGACGUGAUUCCGCUCGAAGAAACGGAAGCGUUGAUGAAGGUUAUGGAUGAGGUGAGGAGGCAGGCUGAUCUGGCUUAUCCGGAGAGCAUUGAAAAUUUGGAGUAUCCGCUUGAGGGGUUUGGGUUGUGAUGUCGGGGAUAGGAAGAUAGGUAGACGGGCGGUUAUAGAUGACACUGAAAGAUCAAAGAAGCGAAUUCAAAUCACACUUCUUAGUAGCAGAAGGCAC